GUUUUAUGAACUGCGGUAGGAGACACUCAAGAAUCUCUGGUGACUUCUGCUAAGCACUUUUAAUUCAGAUCUGAAAGUGAUGACAGAGCGUUGGGAUGAAAACAUGGAUUUUCAUACUGGCUUUCUUCAACAUUUGACAAAAGUUGUUCCAGACAUUUAUUUUGAUGAAAUAAAUCCUUUGCUGGAGAAGGAGGAGGAAAUAGUGCAGAUGACUAUACUCCGUCCUUUAGAGUGGUAUCUAUUUGGGGAACAUCCGGAUACUUCUCUGGAGAAACUAAGACAAAGUAGCACCCCUCAACUCUGUGGGAAGGUAUUCAAAAUGGGAGAGACAACAUAUUCCUGCAGAGAUUGUGCAAUUGAUCCAACCUGUGUACUUUGCAUGGCCUGUUUCCAAAACAGUAUUCACAAGAAUCAUCGUUAUAAGAUGAACACUUCCACAGGAGGAGGAUUUUGUGACUGUGGGGAUACUGAAGCUUGGAAAGCUGGACCUCUUUGUGCAAACCAUGAGCCUGGAGCAGCUGGAGCUGUGAAGGAGAGCUCUGAAUGCCAGCUGAACGAAAAACUACUGUCACAAGCAAGAAAAAUCUUCCCGUCAGUGAUAAAAUAUAUUGUAGAUAUGACUGUUUGGGAAGAAGAGAAGGAGUUGCCUCUAGAACUUAUGACUAGAGAGAAGAUGGACAAAUACUACUGUAUCAUUUUCAAUGAUGAGCAUCACUCUUAUGAUCAUGUUAUCUACAGUCUGCAAAGAGCUCUUGGCUGUGAGCUUGGAGAGGCCCAGUUGUAUACUACUGCUAUAGAUAAAGAAGGUCGGAAGGCUGUUAUGAAAGGGACAUAUGUUGCUUGUCAGCAAGCAAAAGAAGAAAUAAAGAAACAUUCAAAAAAUGUUUCCCAGCAUCCUCUUACUGUGAAGGUUCUUCAUGCUGAUAUUAUGUCUCAUCAGAAAUUUGCUUUGCGUCUUGGUUCCUGGUUGAAUAAACUUAUGAGCUAUUCAAGUGACUUUCGUCAGAUCAUCUGUCAAACAUGUCUAAAAGAAGAAAUUGAUUCAGAGAAACCUUGUCUUAUAAGCACCUUGAUGCUUUGGGAUGCAAAACUGUAUAAAGGAGCAAGAAAGAUCUUACACGAAUUAAUCUUCAGCAGUUUUUUCAUGGAAAUGGAUUACAAAAAACUUUUUGCCAUGGAAUUUGUUAAGCAUUACAAAACACUUCAGAGAGACUACAUCAGGGAUGACCAUGAAAAGCAGAUCUCUGUGACGGCAUUUUCAGUUCAGAUUUUCACUGUUCCUACAUUGGCACGCCAUCUCAUUGAAGAGCAAAAUGUAAUCACUGUCAUAACAGAGACACUACUUGAAGAGCUGCCAGAAUAUUUGGACAAAAAUGGCAAGUUCAAUUUCCAGGGUUACAGUCAAGAGAAACUAAGCAGAGUGUAUGCAGUCAUAUGUGACCUCAAAUACAUUUUAAUCAGUAAGCCUACAGUGUGGACAGACAAGCUGCGGGAACAGUUUUUGGAAGGGUUCCGGUCAUUCCUGAAGAUUCUCACUUGCAUGCAGGGAAUGGAAGAAAUAAAAAGGCAAAUUGGUCAACACAUUGAAGUGGAUCCUGAUUGGGAAGCAGCCAUUGCUAUUCAAAUACAGUUGAAGAAUGUUCUUUUGAUGUUUCAGGAAUGGUGCGCUUGUGAUGAAAAAUUGUUGGUGACAGCUUACAAGGAAUGUCAUUUAGCAGUAAUGAGAUGUAGCGCAAACAGCUCUUCAUGGGAGAGGACAGUAAUUCAUUUAUGUGGCCAUACUCUGGAAAGUAAACAUUUCAAAGUCUCUACAAAUCCUGUCAGCAUUCAUCUACCAUUGUCCAGAAUGCUUGCUGGUCUCCACAUACAGUUGAGCAAAACUGGAACAAUCUCUAAAUUACAUGAAUUUUUAUCUUCUGAAGAAUUCCAAGUGCAGCUAUUAGUUGAAUAUCCUUUGCGUUGCCUAGCAUUGAUUGCUCAGGUUGCUGCAGAAAUGUGGAGAAGGAAUGGAUUAUCUUUGAUUAGCCAGAUAUUUUAUUACCAAGAUGUUAAAUGCAGAGAAGAAAUGUAUGAUAAGGAUAUAAUCCUGCUUCAGGUUGGUGCAGCAUAUAUGGAUCCAAACAGUUUCCUCUUAUUGGUACUCCAGCGGUAUGAACUGCUUGAUGCCUUUAAGAAGAUCAUGCCAACAAAAGACCAGGACUUGAAUAAGCAGUGUAACACACUAAUAGAAGAAAUGCUUCAAGCUCUUAUCUACAUUGUGGGAGAAAGAUAUGUACCUGGUGUCAGUCAUGUGACAAAAGAUGACGUUACUAUGAGAGAAAUUGUCCAUUUGCUCUGUAUUGAACCAAUGGCUCACAGUGCUAUUGCGAAAUCUUUACCCAAAGAUGAAAACAAUGAGACUGGUAUGGAGAGGGUCAUCCACAAAGUGGCCUUAUUCAAAAGGCCAGGCGUAUCAGGCCAUGGAGUUUACGAACUGAAAGAUGAGUGCCUCAAGGAAUUUAAUAUGUUUUUUUACCAUUAUACCAAGACACAGCACAGCAAGGCUGAACAUACGCAAAAGAAAAGAAGAGUACAAGAAAACAGAGAUGAAGCAUUGCCGCCGCCGCCACCACCUGAAUUCAGCGCUGCUUUCAGAAAUGUGGUGAAAGUUCUGAACUGUGAUAUCAUGAUGCAUAUUCUGAGAACUGUUUUGCAAAGAGCCCUGGAGCUGGAAAGUCAUUUGUGGACUGAAGCAAUGAUUCAAAUGGUGCUUCAUCUCCUUGCUUUGGGUUUAUUGGAAGAAAAGCAGCAGUUAGAGAAGGUUCCAGAGGAAGAAGUAACCUUUGACUUCUACCACAAAGCAUCAAGAAUGGGAAGCUCUACUUUGAACGCAAUGAAUAUACUAAUGAUUUUGGAAAAACUGAAAGGAAUUCAACAGCUAGAAUCCCAGAAGGAUAUGAUCAACUGGGUACUACAGAUGUUUGAAACAAUAAAACGUCUGAGAGAGAAGUCAAGUUUGUCAGCAGUUGCUGCUCCAUCCGGAUCAGAAUUUACAAAAGUCAAUGAGAUGCAAAGCACUCAGGACAAGGAAAAAGCUGAGCGCAAGAGGAAAGCAGAAGCAGCUAGGCUACAUCGCCAGAAGAUUAUGGCCCAGAUGUCUGCCUUGCAGAAGAAUUUCAUUGAAACGCACAAGCUCUUAUAUGAGAAUACACAAGAACUACAAGGAAGAGAUGUUAUGGAAGAAGAAAGUACUAUGCCAACCAUAGACUACUCUAGAAUUGCUUUGGGGCCCAAGCGAGGACCAUCUUUGACGGAAAAAGAGAUGUUGACAUGUAUCUUGUGUCAGGAAGAACAGGAAGUGAGGCUGGAAAGUGCUGCUAUGGUUUUAUCUGCCUGUGUCCAGAGAUCUACUGCUUUAAGCCAGAAUAGGGGAAAAGUGCUUGAACUUUCAGAAGAUCCUCUCUUCAUGGAUCUUGAUUUGUCAUGUGGAAUUCAUACAGGAAGUUGUGGUCAUGUGAUGCAUGCUGCUUGCUGGCAGAAAUACUUUGAUGCCAUUCAGCUAAACUCUCGGCAGCGUCUUCAUGUUGAACAGGUUUUUGACUUAGAAAAUGGAGAAUAUCUCUGCCCACUCUGCAAAUCCCUAUGCAACACUGUGAUUCCCAUUAUUCCUUUGCAGGUACAGAAGAUCAAUAGUGAAGAUGCAGAAAUGGUGGCUCAGCUUCUGUCUUUGUCAAAGUGGAUAGAAAUUGUUAUGGCCAGGAUAUCUGGUUACAGCAAGAAGAGUCUUCAAGAAGAAAAGCAAACCGUUCUAUGUGGUAAAGAAAUGGAAAAUUCUUCCUCAGACUUCCAUUCUAUUCUUAGCUUUGGAGUUCAGCCUUUAGUCAAAUAUUCUAAUAGUAUCAAUGAGAUGGUGGUUCUCUUUGCCACUGCAAUUUACAGAAUUGGAUUAAAGACUGCUCCAAACGAAGCUGAUCCCCGCAUUCCUAUGAUGACUUGGAGCACUUGUGCUUUUACCAUCCAGUGUUUAGAAAAUCUUCUUGAAGAUGAGGGCAAGCCUUUAUUUGGAUGUCUUCAAAAUAGACAGCACAGUGGUCUUAAAGCAGUAGUGCAGUUUGCAGCUGCUCAGAGAAGUACAUUACCACAAAGCGUGAUCCAGCAGCAUCUUGUUCGUCUCUUAGGAGUUCUUCUGCCUGGUUUAAAAAUAGAAGAUACUCCAUCCCUUCUAGAUAUAGAUCUGUUUCAUAUUUUGGUUGGUGCUAUAUUAUCAUUUCCAUCUUUGUAUUGGGAGGAUACUGUAGACCUACAACCUUCAUCUAUGAGCUCUGCCUGUAAUCAUCUCUAUCUUUUCCAUUUGAUUACCAUGGCACAUGUUACACAGAUCAUUCUCACCUCCACAACAGCCAAUUCUUGCACUGAAUAUCCUUCUGAUCAGUCACAGGAAGAUAGUGAAGAAGCACAUGCUGCAGAUUCUUUUAGUAAAGAAAUUUGCAGAUACACAAAUGGUUGGUACAGACCGACUGUUCCUGGCUGGUAUUUGUGGGAUUGUAUUAAGAAGGGAAUUGCAUCCUACCUGCGUUGUGCUGCUUUGUUUUUCCAUUUCUUGCUGGGAGUGCCACCACCUGAGGAGCUUUUGUUAGUUUCUGAGGAAAGUCAGUUCAAAGCACUUUGUGGAUAUUUGUCUCUACCCACCAAUUUGUUCUUGCUUUUUCAAGAAUAUUGGAAUAUAGUAGAACCCCUGCUCCAAAGGUGGUGUGCAGAUCCUGUUGUACUAAGCUUUCUAAAAGGGACACGUAUUACAUUAAGAUAUCCAAGGAAAAGAAAUAAAUUAAUUGAGCUCCCAGAAGACUACAGCUGCCUUUUGAAUAGAAGCUCUCAGUUCAGAUGCCCUCAAUCCUCCUACGAUGAGGCCAAGUACCCAGUGUUGUGUUUGUUCUGUGGGGCCAUGCUGUGUUCUCUAACUUCCUGUUGUCAAGAGAUGGUAAAUGGGGAAGAGUUUGGACCCUGCACAUCCCAUGCUGCUCAUUGUGGAGCUGGAGUGGGCAUCUUUCUGAAAAUUAAGGACUGCAAACUUAUGCUAAUGGGAGGAAAAAACAGAGGCUGUUUCUAUCCUGCACCAUACCUAGAUGAAUAUGGAGAAACAGACCCAAAUCUGUCAAGAGGCAACCCUCUGCAAUUGUGUCAUGAACGGUACUGGAAACUCCACUUGCUUUGGCAGCAGCACUGCAUCAUAGAGGAGAUUGCUCGAAACCAAGAAACGAAUCAAAUCUUCUUUGGAUUCAACUGGCAGCUGCUCUGAGUGGCAGUUCCUCCUAGAUUGGAUCACUAAGUCUCUGAACAAGAUGUUUGCUUUAAGGAGAAAAAUCCAGUCCACACUCGUGUAUUUAAAACUAACUGAUUUUAAGCAGGUUUAAUCUGGUGCGAAAAGCAUACAUGCACACAACUUUCCAGAUUUGAUUGUUGAACAACUGCCAGAACAACUGCCACCCCGAAAUGGCUGGGUUCAGUAGAUAUGGACAUUUUGCUGAAGUUUCUUUUCCACCUGAUUCUGCACUUUGUAUAAUUUAGAUACCCCAGACCACCUUUUGUCAUACUUAAAUGUGAUUUUAAUCCCAAUAAAGAAGCAGCAAGUUUUCCCUUUGUGUGUGUAAACAGCGGUUGAAAAUGACCCUUUAAAGGGCCUCUUCAUCUAGAUACAAGAACAAUAUACUUGGACUAAUUUGAUGUCUUCAUUCUUCAUAUCUGGUUUCCUCCUUCAGCUUAGCAGCACUUAAAAAGUCUGUGAUUGCUCUGUCUGCAACUUGCUCCUUGGAGGAGAAAUGUUUCCAGACACCUUGUAAACUGUAGCUGUACUCUGACUACGAAGUAGUACAAUGAGAAGUGCACACUACACAGGAUGCGCUGUGCAAUUUAAUGAGAAGCAUUUGAAAAAGUUAAAUGUGAGUGCCAGUUUAUUCUAAAUUAGUGGAAAAGUAAAAUUUUCAGCUGGCCUUGAAUCGGAAAUGCAAUGCUUUGCUUUUGGCAUAGCUAAACGAUCACUGUGUAUAUAAUAUAGUCACACUAAUAUUUUGUGCCUCUGUAAUCACAAUAGUCUAAAAGUUUUUAACCACCUGCUAACUUUGGCUGUGGUAGUAAAAUAUUAUCUACAGUAAUGUAGGUCUUACUUAUCCCGUGGACUACUACAUUCCCACAGACUGCAAUGAAACAAGCCAUUUAAAUACGCACCUCUUUUCCUGUCAGCAUACCAAUUAGAAGACAAUGGAUAUUAAAAAUAAUUAAAUAAAAGAUGGACAUUAGUAUAUGUAGGUUUCCCUGAAUUUUAUGGUCCAGUUCUGUGGAGACUUCAGUAAACUGCACAUUGUCUGGUGCUAUUAUGCUGGGUCCACAACCUGUUUUCAGUUGCUGAAGACAUAAUUGCAUUUUCUUUUUUUACAUCAGUGGCACUAAAAUACUUCAGAUCCACUUUUCACUCCAUAUUAUAGCCAUAAUUAUGUUGGAGGGAGGUUGUGAUAAGAGCUAAAACUUGCCAUAAAUGUACCUUUUAUAACAUUCACCUUCCAGUGAAUGAAUCCUGUCUUAAAGGUUAAACUACCCAGAUGAUACAGUGAAACGUGUGUGUAUAGAUGGUUAAGAGACAUGAACUUGGGUGAAAAUAACUAAUUUCUAGUAACAAAAAAAAAACCACACAGAAAGGAACAUUGUGACAGACAGCAAGAUCAGAAGGCACAUGAUUUCACACAGUCCAAUAAUCCUUCACUUCAGUAAAGUAAAACCUUUGCUUAUUUUUCCAUUUAAGCUUCUCUGUGCAGCGCAAACAAGCUUCCAUAGAAUACUGCCAUGAAGAUUUCUUGAUUUUCCUUAGUGUGCCUGCUUUAAAAAGAUAGUAAAUCCCUCUGCAAAUGACUUCUAAACAGAGGUUUAAAGCUGAUCCUUCCCCCCUUCCCAAUGAUUGUUGAGGCAUACAUGAAGAAUUCCCCCAGUACAUACACAAAACAUAAACAAUGUUCAUUUGGCAAGGGUAUCAUAUAACCUGUUCAAGUUAUUCACAUUUUUUGCUUAGGCAUACGUUCACUCACACUGUACACCUGAAUUUGUGCAAGUGCAAUAGAUUUGUCAUGUUCCCACAUGCACUCCUGCAUCAAUUCAGGAGGGUCAUACAUAACAUCCUGCAUCAUUUGUGUGUGUGUGUGUGUGAAGACAGUUCCAAUAAAUGAAAUAACUGUCCUAGAGAGCAGCAGGGUAGUAUCAUUGUGGUAAUUAAGUAGGAGGAGGUUUAAUACAGGAGAUAGGUGCUACUUUCACUGCAGUGUCCUUAACAGUCAAAUCAUGGAUUGCUUCUUGAAAACAACGGGCGUGAUCCAACUAGCGUAACUAACUCUUUUGCUGAGAUUGUACUAUAACAUGCUUAACACUGGCUGGAUUUCACCCAGUAAGACUAGCACUGAGUUCACCUCUAUCUGAAUGUUACCAGUUACUGACAUGGAAACAGUGGCCCCCAGUUCAGCAGUGUGAGCAUAGCAACUGAGGCUGAGUGUACGCUGCCCUUUAAAAGAAACAAGAACCACACCGGUUGGCUGUUGGGCGAAAGCAAUCCUCACUGUAAUUGGUGAGAUUUUGCUUUUCUUUUAAGGGAUGCAUGCAGCUCCAGCUGCCAGGUCAAGCUGAAGAGUUAUACAUGCAGCUUGCAAUUUCCUAGCCAACUAAGGAUUUGCAUCAAAAAGCCUACUUCCAUGAGCAUACAGCUCCCAGCAGUAUCAUUGUACUGGUCAGAUUCUUGUUCAAAUUACAUCAGAAUUCUUCUUCUUUGAGGAAAGUGGAGGCAAAAAAAAAAAAAACACCCUGGCUUCACAUUUUACAUGUUUGGACUUGGCUAGCUUGAGGUCUGCGCACUGGAUAAGGAUGGUCAUUUUUCAUUUCAAUUAAUUACUAUGCAGUUUGGUUCACUGUGAGUAUAAUCUGCAUUUAAUAAACACACAGUGGUGAAGCCACUAAUUUGAAUUAUAAGGAAGAACAGAAUUUAUUUACAUACAUUCAUAUUGAUAUCCUUUAAUUGCAAAAAUGUAAAUUUGAGUCUUAUGUAAUGUUCUGGUCCUUUAAAAAUCUUGUAUAUGUAUAUUUAAAAAGGAAAUAAAGUAAAUUCUUGUA